AUGCUCGCCUGCAUGCGCUCGUUGAAACUCGCCUCAUUGCUACUUCUUCUGCAUGCCGGGAGCGGCAGGAUGCUGUGGAGGCUUUCCCUCCGAGGAGGGGGGUUUGAUGUCUCAGAGGCCAUGCAUGGCAAGCAAGACAUCGACUACGAGUACCUCAUGAGGCAGCCGGCUUCGACUGCGAAUGCACGCACCGUCUUGCCCCCUUACUCUCAACAGGGUGCAGGCUCGGAGUUCGUCUUCGAUGAGUACAAGGAGCUCAAGGAAGCCAUGAUGGACAAUUCGUCAGACACGCACAGUAGCUUCAACUCAUCAGAUGAUACGGUACACGGGUUCGACAUUCGCAGAGAGAUCCUUGAGGAAGAGAUGUCCGAUGCAGGCGACUUGGACGGGCCCAUGUCAACAGAAACUGGCCUGAACAAAGAAGCAACGAAUUUCUUUCCGAUCUCAGUCUCAGAGGACGACAUGCUCGCAGCGAACGAGACUCAGGAGGAGCUGCUGUCGAGAUACUCCCGAAUCCCCGACGCGAUUGCGUCUGACGACGACUCCGCGUUGAUGGAGGAGAUUCAGGCCAGAUACGGCCAGGCACUCCAUCGUGUCAAACAGCAGUCUCGCAAGAGGAGCUCGACGGUCGAAGAUGCGAUAAAUUCUGAAGAACACCUGGAGCAGCCCCACAAGAAAGUGAAACCAGGAGUUGAUGAGUCCUGA